AUGAGCAGCUCUGCUAAAGGAGAUCCCGCCAAUCUUGUCAAUGCGAACGAAAAUAUGACAGCAAAUAUGACGAACGCAACAGAUGAAGUCAAAGAAGCAGCUUUGAAGCAAGCUACGGCGAUCACCAGUGACACUGACUAUGAGUAUCGAAAAGCAGAGAUUCUGUGGGCACGAGAGACGAAGGCGGACCCACCAGGCUUGGAAUAUUAUGUGCACUACGUCGAAUUUAACAAGCGUCUAGACGAGUGGGUUGAUUUUUCACGGCUUGACUUUAACCGCGAAAUCGAAUUCCCAAAGCCUGAUCAAAAGAAGAAUAAGAACCGAGAAGCAACUGCUACACCUCCGGCAGGCAAACAGCAGCAACGAAAUCAAUCACCAUUACGUGCGAGCACACCGACAGCAGGACAGAAACGUAAAGCACAGCAUGACGGAUUGGAAACGCCUGGAUCAGCAGCGGCAGAAUCAGCUACUGAUGACAAAGAAAACCAUCAUGUCGUGCUUGGCAACGAUGAGGAGGAUGGUGAAACGAUGGACGUGGUUCAAGAAGAACAUGCACCGCAGGAAACAUUUUCCAAAAAGCAAGAGAUUGAAAAGCUGCGAACGUCUGGUUCCAUGACUCAAUGUGUCAGCGAAAUCGCACGUGUGAAAAACUUGAACAAGAUCCAGAUGGGUAAACAUGAAGUCGAGGCAUGGUACUUUGCGCCGUAUCCACAAGAGUACGCUUACUGCGACACGCUCUACAUUUGCGAGUUUUGCUUGUCUUAUUACGCAUCACAUAAGCAACUCGAACGCCAUCGCGACCGUUGUCAAUUGCAGCACCCACCCGGCAACGAGAUCUAUCGCUAUGAAGAGGUCUCGUUCUUCGAAAUUGAUGGCCGUAAGCAAAAGACAUGGUGUCGCAACCUAUGCUUAUUGUCCAAACUGUUUCUUGACCACAAAACACUGUACUACGACGUUGAUCCAUUCUUGUUUUACUGUAUGACCGUACGAGACGAAGUUGGAUGCCACUUGAUCGGAUAUUUUUCAAAGGAAAAGGAAUCGUCGGAAAACUAUAACGUUGCAUGUAUCUUGACAUUGCCGCAGUAUCAGCGGCUGGGUUAUGGAAAAUUGUUGAUUGCAUUCUCGUACGAACUAUCCAAGGCAGAAGGGCGGACGGGGUCGCCAGAAAAACCAUUGUCGGAUUUGGGGUUGUUAUCAUAUCGUGCCUAUUGGACAGAAACCAUUGUCGAAUACCUUUUAUCCACGAAUGAAGAUGUGACGAUCGAGGAGAUCUCGCAGAAGACGUCAAUCACGUCUCAAGAUAUUCUUCACACGCUACAGAACAUUGGCGCCCUCAAGUAUUACCGGGGUCAACACAUCAUUUGCUUGGGUGACAAGGUGGUUGAGCAGUUUGAACGCAAUCAGAAAAAACGCAGAAGAAAGAUUGUACCUGGCAAACUGGACUGGAAGCCAUUACACUUUACGCCCUCGCAGCUCCGUUUCCUCUAA